AUGCGCAAGACAUUUCGGUAUCCAGCAGACGAUGAGACAGAAUCCAACGGCUCCGAUCCAGAAGCGCUCGACGAAGAAGGUCCCGAACAGGAGCAUCUGAUCAAUCGUCUCGCCAACGAAAAUGCCUCCCGCAACGCUUUAUUUGCGCGUGUUCUCCUUUGCCUCCCGAUCGCUGCCUGUAUCCCCUAUCUGCCGACCCUCUUCCACGCUAAGACGAGGAUGCUCUCGGUGCUGAGCAUCACGUCUCUGCUCUCGACAGCGUUCCUCCUUUGGCGAUACCCGACAACGCAGACUGGCAUCGAGAUGCUAGACAAGCUACACACAAAGGGGAAGCCCAAAGCCAAGGUGCUAGAUCGGUCGCCGCUCGAGACCUGGCUGCCAUAUCUGAAUCUAGGCUUGGCGGUCAUGCUUGUGCUCAUGGGCCUGCUCGUUAAGAGUGACGCUACGAGCUUCGGCUGGAUCAGCAUGGGUAACCUCCCUGUGAUCAUAUACGCCGUCGCGCUGGCUUCCAAGGUCGUGAUGGCGAGCGUCGACCCCGAGUCUGAGCUUUCAAGUCUCAAGUACGAGUACAAGGGUGCUUAA